UGCGCAUAGUCAGUAGAAAGCAAUUAUCCAAGAUGGCGGACGAUAGCGAAAAGAAAGGACUGAUUGAUAUCCAGAUGGACGAUGAUGAUGAAGAAGAUACGGAGAUAGACACAUUCAGUUUUCGAGAUUUUCACAAAGAUCCAGAAGCACAUGGUGUUGGUGCAAUAGGUGACACAGGUUCUAUUAACACAGCUUCCACUACAACAGGGACAACUAUACCAACCCAUUCUAUUGGGGAUAGUGAUGAUGAAGGAGACAAAACAGAGUUAUUGGGAGAAAGAAAAUCUCCUCCAUUCUGGACGUUUGAAUAUUAUCAAGGAUUCUUUGAUGUUGACACUAUGCAGGUUGUGCGAAGAAUAAUUGGAUCAAUGGUUCCAUCUUACAGAAAAAAUUUCCUUGUCUCACAAAUCAGACCCAACCCAGACUUGUAUGGUCCAUUUUGGGUGUGUGCUACUUUGGUUUUCACGACAGCUAUUUCUGGUAAUCUUGCCAGCUACUUGGCAACUACUGGUGACCAUGAAUGGGUCUAUGACUUCCAUAAAGUGACGCUAGCGGCAGGAGCUAUAUACACCUAUGCAUUCCUCAUACCCACAGCAUUAUGGGGAUUACUGAUGUGGAGAAGAAGCAAUGCUGGAUACUCAUUUCUGGAGAUCCUCUGUGUUUAUGGGUACUCUCUUUCUAUUUACAUACCCAUAUCAAUAUUAUGGACGAUACCUUUUGACUGGCUAAGAUGGAUCUUUGUAGUGAUUGGAAUGGUCCUGUCUGGGUCAGUUUUGCUUCUCACAUUUUGGCCAGCUGUAGAGGAUGACGACAAGAAGAUUGCUAUGCCAACUAUGCUUUUUAUAUUUAUCCUCCAUGGCCUUCUUGCUAUUGGUUUCAAGCUUUACUUCUUUCAUGGACCAGCAGAGCUACGACUAACACCAACAACUUCCACACCAACAUUUAUAACAUCAACAACUCCUACAACUCCUAUUACUAUUCUAACAGCUUAAUAACCUGAUGGUUUGCAGCAGCAUUUCCUAGGAUCCCAGUGGGAAAACCACUUUUAAGGCCGAUUUACACGGUAAGAUUUUUCCUCACGACUGCCGCGCGUGACAGGCUAAAGCUAAGUUUUAGCUGCUAUUUACAGUCGUAAGCGAGUUGUACGAUGGAAUUACGUGAAGCAAUUCGUGUCUUCAGCAUGUUGCACGCGAUAGUUUGAGGAAAAAUCGUACUGUGUAAAUCGGCAUUGAAAAAUAUUACAAAUUAAAACAAAUAAUUAUCAAGAAUAAAUAGAUAAUAAUAAUUUACUUUAUUAAGAGAGGGUGAGACGUUACAGUCUCAACUUAGCAGUUCUUAUCGUAUCUGAAAGACAAUGGACCAUCAUUUGAUGUAAAUACACUCAAUAAAUCUGUAAACAAGUAGUAACAUGUGGAGAAUAGCACUUUCUGUGAUAUUGCCUUUUUUCGCGGUAACCUAGAAAUAGUGCGUUCUGAUUGGCUGCGCAUACGAGCGAUACUUUUUUUUGUCCGCGGUCCGUCAUCCUGACGUAACGUACGUCAUCCAGUUGCUUACAUGGGAAAACGAAUUGUUAAACGACAAAACAAGUUGAAAAUAAGUAUAAAAGUAAAUGGAAGUGCCAUGCUGUGCCGUGACAAAGCCCAGCAGUAAGCUGAGUAUCAAGGUCAACAGAUAUCAGCCACAAGCUUGUCUGGACUGAACUGAAUUCAAGCGUUGCACACUAUGCAUCUCUGCCUUAGUAUCAUUUGUUUGGGUUAGUAUUAUAUUUAUAACGUAAUAUUUAAAACGAAACCUUAAAAAAAAGAAACUAUUUGAUUAAAACACUUUGUCCCGAAAGGUA